AUGGGGUUGGCGUCUGCUCACACCCUGCGUCUGAAGGCGGCGACUUUCUUCCUUCUGUUAACCUUUCAAUCAGGCUUUGGAUAUCCGGUUGACAGAGCACUUCACACAUACUUGGAAGGGAUCAUAAGAACGGAUGAUAAAUCAAGCAGUUAUAAUGUAGUAGACAAAAUCUCAAAACUUGUCGAAAUAGCAACAAGACAUAAAUCAGGUUGUACAUGUCCAGCACACAACAUAACGGCUGCUAUUUAUGAGUUAGAGCGAACUAAUACCGACUCAAAUGAAUCUAUUUAUAAUUUGAAUCAGUCAUCAACCUCAGGUUUAAUAUCAUCUAAUUCUGGGUCUGGAUCGGUGAAUUCGAAUUCAGCUUCGAGUUCAACUGCAUCCUUCCCUCAUAGUGCAACAUCUGGAUCGUCAGCAUUGUCUAGUACAGGUUCAUCAUCCCACACAAGCCAAUUGUCUAAUUCCAGUUCGGGUGCGUCAUCCUCAAGCUCAUCGGCUGCUCAUGGUGCGUCGCAAUCUACAUCUGGGUCUUCUGCAUCGUCAAUUGCAGCAGCAGCAUCCCAUUCGAGUCUAGCGUCUACAGCUGACUCCUCAGCAUCGUCAUUAAGUUCAUCAGCUGCUCAUAGUGUGUCACAAUCAACAUCUGGAUCAUCAGCAUUGUCUAGUGCAGGUGCAUCAUCCCACACAAACCAAUUGUCUACUUCCGGUUCGGGUGCGUCAUCCUCAAGUUCAGUGGCCGCUCAUGGUGCGUCGCAAUCUACAUCUGGGUCUUCUGCAUCGUCAAUUGCAGCAGCAGCAUCCCAUUCGAGUCUAGCGUCUACAGCUGACUCCUCAGCAUCGUCAUUAAGUUCAUCAGCUGCUCAUAGUGCGUCACAAUCAACAUCUGGAUCAUCAGCAUUGUCUAGUGCAGGUUCAUCAUCCCACACAAGCCAAUUGUCUACUUCCGGUUCGGGUGCGUCAUCCUCAAGUUCAGCGGCUGCUCAUGGUGCGUCGCAAUCUACAUCUGGGUCUUUUGCAUCUUCAAUUGCAGCAGCAACAUCCCAUUCGAGUCAAGCGUCUACAGCUGACUCCUCAGCAUCGUCAUUAAGUUCAUCAGCUGCUCAUAGUGCGUCACAAUCAACAUCUGGAUCAUCAGCAUUGUCUAGUGCAGGUGCAUCAUCCCACACAAACCAAUUGUCUACUUCCGGUUCGGGUGCGUCAUCCUCAAGUUCAGCGGCUGCUCAUGGUGCGUCGCAAUCUACAUCUGGGUCUUCUGCGUCGUCAAUUGCAGCAGCAGCAUCCCAUUCGAGUCUAGCGUCUACAGCUGAAUCCUCAGCCUCGUCAUUAAUUUCAUCAGCUGCUCAUAGUGCGUCACAAUCAACAUCUGGAUCAUCAGCAUUGUCUAGUGCAGGUUCAUCAUCCCACACAAGCCAAUUGUCUACUUCCGGUUCGGGUGCGUCAUCCUCAAGUUCAGCGGCUGCUCAUGGUGCGUCGCAAUGUACAUCUGGGUCUUCUGCAUCUUCAAUUGCAGCAGCAACAUCCCAUUCGAGUCAAGCGUCUACAGCUGACUCCUCAGCAUCGUCAUUAAGUUCAUCAGCUGCUCAUAGUGCGUCACAAUCAACAUCUGGAUCAUCAGCAUUGUCUAGUGCAGGUGCAUCAUCCCACACAAACCAAUUGUCUACUUCCGGUUCGGGUGCGUCAUCCUCAAGUUCAGCGGCUGCUCAUGGUGCGUCGCAAUCUACAUCUGGGUCUUCUGCAUCUUCAAUUGCAGCAGCAGCAUCCCAUUCGAGUUUAGCGUCUACAGCUGAAUCCUCAGCAUCGUCAUUAAUUUCAUCAGCUGCUCAUAGUGCGUCACAAUCAACAUCUGGAUCAUCAGCAUUGUCUAGUGCAGGUUCAUCAUCCCACACAAGCCAAUUGUCUACUUCCGGUUCGGGUACGUCAUCCUCAAGCUCAUCGGCUGCUCAUGGUGCGUCGCAAUCUACAUCUGGGUCUUCUGCAUCGUCAAUUGCAGCAGCAACAUCCCAUUCGAGUCAAGCGUCUACAGCUGACUCCUCAGCAUCGUCAUUAAGUUCAUCAGCUGCUCAUAGUGCGUCACAAUCAACAUCUGGAUCAUCAGCAUUGUCUAGUGCAGGUGCAUCAUCCCACACAAACCAAUUGUCUACUUCCGGUUCGGGUGCGUCAUCCUCAAGUUCAGCGGCUGCUCAUGGUGCGUCGCAAUCUACAUCUGGGUCUUCUGCAUCUUCAAUUGCAGCAGCAACAUCCCAUUCGAGUCAAGCGUCUACAGCUGACUCCUCAGCAUCGUCAUUAAGUUCAUCAGCUGCUCAUAGUGCGUCACAAUCAACAUCUGGAUCAUCAGCAUUGUCUAGUGCAGGUGCAUCAUCCCACACAAGCCAAUUGUCUACUUCCGGUUCGGGUGCGUCAUCCUCAAGUUCAGCGGCUGCUCAUGGUGCGUCGCAAUCUACAUCUGGGUCUUCUGCAUCUUCAAUUGCAGCAGCAACAUCCCAUUCGAGUCAAGCGUCUACAGCUGACUCCUCAGCAUCGUCAUUAAGUUCAUCAGCUGCUCAUAGUGCGUCACAAUCAACAUCUGGAUCAUCAGCAUUGUCUAGUGCAGGUGCAUCAUCCCACACAAACCAAUUGUCUACUUCCGGUUCGGGUGCGUCAUCCUCAAGUUCAGCGGCUGCUCAUGGUGCGUCGCAAUCAACAUCUGGGUCUUCUGCGUCGUCAAUUGCAGCAGCAGCAUCCCAUUCGAGUCUAGCGUCUACAGCUGAAUCCUCAGCAUCGUCAUUAAUUUCAUCAGCUGCUCAUAGUGCGUCACAAUCAAUAUCUGGAUCAUCAGCAUUGUCUAGUGCAGGUGCAUCAUCCCACACAAACCAAUUGUCUACUUCCGGUUCGGGUGCGUCAUCCUCAAGUUUAGCGGCUGCUCAUGGUGCGUCGCAAUCUACAUCUGGGUCUUCUGCAUCGUCAAUUGCAGCAGCAGCAUCCCAUUCGAGUCUAGCGUCUACAGCUGACUCCUCAACAUCAUCAUUAAGUUCAUCAGCUGCUCAUAGUGCGUCACAAUCAACAUCUGGAUCAUCAGCAUUGUCUAGUGCAGGUGCAUCAUCCCACACAAGCCAAUUGUCUACUUCCGGUUCGGGUGCGUCAUCCUCAAGUUCAGCGGUAGCUCAUGGUUCGUCGCAAUCUACAUCUGGGUCUUCUGCAUCGUCAAUUGCAGCAGCAGCAUCCCAUUCGAGUCUAGCGUCUACAGCUGACUCCUCAGCAUCGUCAUUAAGUUCAUCAGCUGCUCAUAGUGCGUCACAAUCAACAUCUGGAUCGUCAGCAUUGUCUAGUGCAGGUGCAUCAUCCCACACAAGCCAAUUGUCUAUUUCCAGUUCGGGUGCGUCAUCCUCAAGCUCAUCGGCUGCUCAUGGUGCGUCGCAAUCCACAUCUGGGACUUCUGCAUCGUCAAUUGCAGCAGCAGCAUCCCAUUCGAGUCUAGCGUCUACAGCUGACUCCUCAGCAUCGUCAUUAAGUUCAGCAGCUGCUCAUAGUGCGUCACAAUCAACAUCUGGAUCGUCAGCAUUGUCUAGUGCAGGUGCAUCAUCCCACACAAGCCAAUUGUCUACUUCCGGUUCGGGUGCGUCAUCCUCAAGUUCAGCGGCUGCUCAUGGUGCGUCGCAAUCUACAUCUGGGUCUUCUGCGUCGUCAAUUGCAGCAGCAGCAUCCCAUUCGAGUCUAUCGUCUACAGCUGAAUCCUCAGCAUCGUCAUUAAUUUCAUCAGCUGCUCAUAGUGCGUCACAAUCAACAUCUGGAUCAUCAGCAUUGUCUAGUGCAGGUGCAUCAUCCCACACAAGCCAAUUGUCUACUUCCGGUUCGGGUGCGUCAUCCUCAAGUUCAGUGGCUACUCAUGGUGCGUCUCAAUCUACAUCUGGGUCUUCUGCAUCGUCAAUUGCAGCAGCAGCAUCCCAUUCGAGUCUAGCGUCUACAGCUGACUCCUCAGCAUCGUCAUUAAGUUCAUCAGCUGCUCAUAGUGCGUCACAAUCAACAUCUGGAUCAUCAGCAUUGUCUAGUGCAGGUGCAUCAUCCCACACAACCCAAUUGUCUACUUCCGGUUCGGGUGCGUCAUCCUCAAGUUCAGCGGCUGCUCAUGGUGCGUCGCAAUCUACAUCUGGGUCUUCUGCAUCUUCAAUUGCAGCAGCAACAUCCCAUUCGAGUCAAGCGUCUACAGCUGACUCCUCAGCAUCGUCAUUAAGUUCAUCAGCUGCUCAUAGUGCGUCACAAUCAAUAUCUGGAUCAUCAGCAUUGUCUAGUGCAGGUGCAUCAUCCCACACAAACCAAUUGUCUACUUCCGGUUCGGGUGCGUCAUCCUCAAGUUUAGCGGCUGCUCAUGGUGCGUCGCAAUCUACAUCUGGGUCUUCUGCAUCGUCAAUUGCAGCAGCAGCAUCCCAUUCGAGUCUAGCGUCUACAGCUGACUCCUCAACAUCAUCAUUAAGUUCAUCAGCUGCUCAUAGUGCGUCACAAUCAACAUCUGGAUCAUCAGCAUUGUCUAGUGCAGGUGCAUCAUCCCACACAAGCCAAUUGUCUACUUCCGGUUCGGGUGCGUCAUCCUCAAGUUCAGCGGUAGCUCAUGGUUCGUCGCAAUCUACAUCUGGGUCUUCUGCAUCGUCAAUUGCAGCAGCAGCAUCCCAUUCGAGUCUAGCGUCUACAGCUGACUCCUCAGCAUCGUCAUUAAGUUCAUCAGCUGCUCAUAGUGCGUCACAAUCAACAUCUGGAUCGUCAGCAUUGUCUAGUGCAGGUGCAUCAUCCCACACAAGCCAAUUGUCUAUUUCCAGUUCGGGUGCGUCAUCCUCAAGCUCAUCGGCUGCUCAUGGUGCGUCGCAAUCUACAUCUGGGACUUCUGCAUCGUCAAUUGCAGCAGCAGCAUCCCAUUCGAGUCUAGCGUCUACAGCUGACUCCUCAGCAUCGUCAUUAAGUUCAGCAGCUGCUCAUAGUGCGUCACAAUCAACAUCUGGAUCGUCAGCAUUGUCUAGUGCAGGUGCAUCAUCCCACACAAGCCAAUUGUCUACUUCCGGUUCGGCUGCGUCAUCCUCAAGUUCAGCGGCUGCUCAUGGUGCGUCGCAAUCUACAUCUGGGUCUUCUGCGUCGUCAAUUGCAGCAGCAGCAUCCCAUUCGAGUCUAUCGUCUACAGCUGAAUCCUCAGCAUCGUCAUUAAUUUCAUCAGCUGCUCAUAGUGCGUCACAAUCAACAUCUGGAUCAUCAGCAUUGUCUAGUGCAGGUGCAUCAUCCCACACAAGCCAAUUGUCUACUUCCGGUUCGGGUGCGUCAUCCUCAAGUUCAGUGGCUACUCAUGGUGCGUCUCAAUCUACAUCUGGGUCUUCUGCAUCGUCAAUUGCAGCAGCAGCAUCCCAUUCGAGUCUAGCGUCUACAGCUGACUCCUCAGCAUCGUCAUUAAGUUCAUCAGCUGCUCAUAGUGCGUCACAAUCAACAUCUGGAUCAUCAGCAUUGUCUAGUGCAGGUGCAUCAUCCCACACAAACCAAUUGUCUACUUCCGGUUCGGGUGCGUCAUUCUCAAGUUUAGUGGCCGCUCAUGGUGCGUCGCAAUCUACAUCUGGGUCUUCUGCAUCGUCAAUUGCAGCUGCAGCAUCCCAUUCGAGUCUAGCGUCUACAGCUGACUCCGCAGCAUCGUCAUUAAGUUCUUCAGCUGCUCAUAGUGCGUCACAAUCAACAUCUGGAUCAUCAGCAUUGUCUAGUGCAGGUUCAUCAUCCCACACAAGCCAAUUGUCUACUUCCGGUUCGAGUGCGUCAUCCUCAAGUUCAGCGGCUGCUCAUGGUGCGUCGCAAUCUACAUCUGGGUCUUCUGCAUCUUCAAUUGCAGCAGCAACAUCCCAUUCGAGUCUAGCGUCUACAGCUGAUUCCUCAGCAUCGUCAUUAAGUUCAUCAGCUGCUCAUAGUGCGUCACAAUCAACAUCUGGAUCGUCAGCAUUGUCUAGUGCAGGUGCAUCAUACCACCCAAGCCAAUUGUCUAUUUCCAGUUCGGGUGCGUCAUCCUCAAGCUCAUCGGCUGCUCAUGGUGCGUCGCAAUCUACAUCUGGGUCUUCUGCAUCGUCAAUUGCAGCUGCAGCAUCCCAUUCGAGUUUAGCGUCUACAGCUGACUCCUCAGCAUCGUCAUUAAGUUCAUCAGCUGCUCAUAGUGCGUCACAAUCAACAUCUGGAUCGUCAGCAUUGUCUAGUGCAGGUGCAUCAUCCCACACAAGCCAAUUGUCUAUUACCAGUUCGGGUGCGUCAUCCUCAAGCUCAUCGGCUGCUCAUGGUGCGUCGCAAUCUACAUCUGGGUCUUCUGCGUCUUCAUUAAGUUCAUCAGCUGCUCAUAGUGCGUCACAAUCUACGUCUGGGUCUUCUGCAUCGUCAAUUGCAGCAGCAGCAUCCCAUUUAAGUCAAGCGUCUACAGCGGACUCUUCAGCAUCGUCAUUAAGUUCAUCGGCUGCUCAUGGUGGGUCGCAAUCUACAUCUGGGUCUUCUGCAUCUUCAAUUGCAGCAGCAACAUCCCAUUCGAGUCUAGCGUCUACAGCUGACUCCUCAGCAUCGUCAUUAAGUUCAUCAGCUGCUCAUAGUGCGUCACAAUCAACAUCUGGAUCAUCAGCAUUGUCUAGUGCAGGUGCAUCAUCCCACACAAGCCAAUUGUCUACUAUCGGUUCGGGUGCGUCUUCGACGGGUAAUGGUGCGAGUACAGUUAUGAAUGUAAAUAAUUUUGCUGCAAUUAGUUCUUCAUCGAUAGUACGUAAUGACACUUGUGUUUGCGGAAUUACACUUCCUAAUCCGAUAACGAUUGGAAGAGAUUACUUCAAAUAUCCAGCGUAUACUGGCACGCUUGUGUAUGAGAUACCAGCUACCGAAGAUUUGUCGUAUCACCUUGAAAAUCGUAAUCAUGCUGUUGCCAAUGACACUGUGGAUCAUGUUUAUCCUUUGCUCUUUGGGUCGGAUAACUUGUCAUUCCCAACGCUGGCCAUGAAAUAA